AAGAAGAGCGAAUCCAAUUGGAUUAUAAAUAGUCGUUAAAUUGUAAUUAGUCAGUACCAAAACAAUUUGUUUAGGAGGCACCUAAUCCGAAUCCCUUUUUCCGAUGAGAUGGCUUUGGGUUCCCGCCUCCUUGCUGGUGAUGAUCUCUCUCCAGCUCCAAGGAGUCGCCACCCAAGACGGGAUAGAGGGAUUCCCCGAAGAAGCGAAGGAAUUCCCUUUGUUUGAGUAUGAUGGGGUGAAAAGACCCACACCCACCAGGGGACUAUUGUAUCCCAGGGAAUCGGAGACCCGCGAAGUGCGAAGCCUGGAUGGAAUGUGGCGUCUGGUGAGAAGUGACCCGGCUGAUCCCCUCCAGGGAAUCAGGGAGAAGUGGUUUGCGAAUACUUUGCGAAAGACGGGAAGAGAGGUGAUUCCCAUGCCUGUGCCCGCCUCAUAUAACGACAUCACCACGGAUAACUUACGGGAUCACGUGGGAACCGUCUGGUAUGAGCGAACCUUCUUUGUUCCUAGUUCCUGGCAGGGGAACCAACGCACCUGGCUGCGUUUCAGUAGCGUCCACUACUUUGCCGAGGUUUGGAUUAACGGAAGAAACGCCACCAGUCACUCCAUUGGCCACCUGCCCUUCGAGGCGGAGAUUUCGCGACUGCUCCGUUUUGGCGGGGAGAACAGGAUCACUGUGAUGUGCGACAAUCGCCUGGGCAAUCGCACCAUUCCCCAGGGUUCUGUGAAUAAGGUGGCCACGGAUGCGGGCACUGUGCCCGUCCAGAGUUACACCUUUGACUUCUUCAACUACGCGGGAAUCCACAGGAGCGUUCACUUGUACACCACCCCGUUGCUCCACAUCAGCGACGUGGAGGUGACCACCCAACUAACUGCAGAGGGAUUGGGUCGCAUCGAUUACCGCCUGUGGUUGGAUGGUAGGGAGGAGGGUCAGCCUACCCAGCUCCUAGUGGAGCUAAGGGACCGGGAUGGCCAGGUGGCUGCCCAGCAGAUCAACAAGGCAGUCUACCAUGGAACACUUUUAGUGCCUAAGGCUAAUCCCUGGUGGCCCUACCUGAUGCAUCCCGACCCAGGUUACCUGUACGAUCUCCGGUUCGAGCUUAUCGCUGGUGAGGAAGAGCAUUCUCUGCAGGAUGUCUACCACUUGCCAGUGGGCAUACGCAGUCUAAGUUGGAGCAACGAUAGUCUGCUGCUCAAUGGGAAACCCCUCUAUCUGCGGGGAUUUGGACGCCACGAGGAUUCCGAUAUAAGGGGCAAGGGAUUGGACAAUGCCCUCCUGGCUCGCGACUUCAAUCUGCUGAAGUGGAUUGGAGCCAACGCCUACCGCACCUCGCACUAUCCCUACUCCGAGGAGUCGAUGCAGUUUGCCGAUCAGCAUGGCAUUAUGAUCAUCGACGAGUGUCCGGCCGUCAACAUUGACAUCUUUGAGCCGCAGCUGCUGGAGCAGCACAUGGCCUCGCUGGAGCAACUGAUCCACAGGGACAGGAACCAUCCCAGCGUGGUGGCCUGGUCGGUGGCCAAUGAGCCGAGAUCGAGCAAGCAGGGAGCCCUGAAAUACUUCGAAUCCCUGGUGAACUACACCAGGAGCAUUGCCCACGGACGUCCUCUGACGGCGGCCAUCAAUGCGAGUCCCUCCACCUGCCAUUUGGCGCAGUUUCUGGACAUCGUGGGCUUCAAUCGCUACAACUCCUGGUAUCAGAACUCGGGUCGCACAGACAUGAUAGUUAACCUGCUGACGGCGGAGGCACAGAGUUGGCGGGAUAGGUUCCAGAAGCCAGUCAUCCAGUUCGAGUACGGAGGGGAUACCAUGGAGGGCAUGCACUCGCUUCCUGCCUUCAUUUGGUCGGAGGAAUACCAGGUUGAGCUGUUCUCCCGGCACUUUAAGGCCUUCGACGAGCUUCGUCAGCGGAAGUGGUUCAUUGGAGAGUUCGUGUGGAACUUUGCCGAUUUCCGGACGGCGCAGACUAUAACCCGCGUGGGCGGAAACAAAAAGGGAGUAUUUACAAGAAAUCGACAGCCCAAGGAAGUGGCCCACAUUCUUAGGUGGAGGUACUUUGCCCUAGCCAAGGAGUUGGAUCAGUGCAAACUGCCUCAGGAUCUGAACGUGUAUAUCUCCAAGCAUAUCCAUAACGAGCUUUAGAUUAGGGGUUCUUAAAUGUAAACACAUGGGCACAAAGUGAGCUUUAAACUAUAUUUAUUAUAUUAUAUCCUUAGUAAAAUAUAAGUCCUAUUAAAAUGGCGUAAUAUUUUACUAAA